UCGUCUCCUCCGGGAAAGAUCACACUCUCCCUGCCUGUCUCUCUGGAGAAGAACCUGACCUCAAUGAGACAAAGCCAUGGAAACAGAAAAGUGCAUCCCUGAUGAGGCUCAAUCCAGAAGCAGAAGACAGCAAGAUCUCCAAGAGGUGCUGACAGAAGUGGGGUUGUCUGUUGACUACUGGCUGCCUAAGCUUCAGGAAGACCUGGGUGUGACCUGUGCGCAGGCCUUACAACACUUAGAAGAAAAAGACCUCCAGAAACUGAAGUCCCAGACACAACACACAUGGGAGAAAAGGGCCCUAAAGAAGCUGUUUGACCUCUCACAGAGAAGUGUUGCCGAGUUGCAGGAGGCAGGAGAGAUGAUGAGGAAGAGGCAAAGGCAGGCAGGACAGGCACUGCAGGAACUGAGAGUUUUGCAGUCACAAGGGAAGCCCAGACAGGAAGAGGCAGUGAGGAGGAAAGAAGCAGAGCUGAGACAAGCAAUGGAGAUACCUGAAGAAUGCUGGCCAACGCCUGAGGUACCCCUAGAAGACAUCACUGAAACAAUGGAGAGACAGCUCAGUCACAUAGAGCAGACACUGGCAAAUAGUGAAAACUUCUCACAUAGAGACCUGGUAAGAUUCACAUCUGGAGGGCUGGCUCUGCAAGGAAUUUAUAAGACUUCCCAUCAAAAGGACCUGGUAGCAAGGAGAGAAGAACUACUCAGUGUCCCCCAGGAAUUCUUUCUCUUUGGAUCUGAGCAAGGAAAAAGAAUGGAAACAAAAGAAUUCACAUCUUCCAAAGAAGAAUCCCUGUUCACUGAAACUGUGGAGAAGCUUGGUUUCAGGUUGACACUGUCAGCCAAGGGUGACGGCUGGGGAUUUCGUUUUGAAGGUGGGAUGGACAAAGUCAAGCAUUCAGAAUCCAAAGAGGCCCACCAAUCACAUUCUAAGCACUCAUAUUUCUGCUCAUCGAUAUUCAGCUACAACCCACUAGCCUCAUUCCACUUUAGGAAUGACCAGCUCCAGCUCUCCACUGCUGCUCUUAAGGAACUUAAAAGCAUUGAAGAGCAACUGGAACACACUGAAGGACCAGAGAGAUUCCUCGUAGUGAGGAAGAGGAUUGAAAACUUCUUCAACAGAUUUGGUUCUCAUGCUAAUCAGGGCCCUCUGCACCUUGGGGGAAUCUAUUGCUGGAAGGCCACUUCAGAGGGUUUCAUAAGUGACCAUCUGGAUUAUGUGAAGCAGCAGACAGGAGAAGCUUUGAAUACUUAUGUAAGUGGAAGCUACAGUGGCUUUGGAAUUAAAGUUGGGGGAGAGAUAAAAACAUCAGACUCACAUUCAGUAAGAUCCUACAAAAAUUCAACUAACCAGCAGAUUCAACUAAAAGUGAAAUUAUCUGUGUCCCAGAUAGGUGGACCGCCAGAAGCUAAUGGAAUUGCUCAGUGGACAGCUGGACUUCUUGCCAGCAACAAAACCUGGAAUGUCAUUGACCGAGAACUACAGCUGGUUUCUAUUUGGGAUAUCAUCCUAUCUAACCACAGAAGCAAUUUUAAAGACCCCAUUCUGUUGGCUAGUUGCCUGGCAGACAACUACUCUGCUCUGACAGGCCUUGCUGCCCACAUACAGGCUGGAGAAGAAAUGCUGGGUUCCAUAAAGGAAGCAGGACAAUUCCUGGAUGAUGUGAAAUCCUGGGAAGUUUCUGACCCUGAAGAACAGCUUAACAACCUGAUAGGAUUCAUGCAAGAAUUGGCUCACAAAACAAGAGGGUAUGAGAUUUGGAUUAAUACAUGCCUCACAAACUGGGAUCUACAAAAUUUUCUCAUAAACACUGUCAACUUUUGCAAAAACUCUUCCAUUCAAAAAACGCAGUUUAUUAAAUCUCAGUUUUGCAGCCUUCUAGAACCUCAUGUCUACAAAGUGAAAAACUUUCCUCAGGUGAAGUCAAUCAUGCAGUGGAUCUAUCAGGCAGAGUCAGAGGAACAAGAACUCAAAAUCACCGAAUUGUCUGAAUUUAUUAAAAAUUUGAAAGAAAUCCAAAAAUAUCUGACAGAAGCAAACAUCAAAGCUGACUCCCCAGAAACGAUGGAAGGGGCUAAAAGAAAGGCUACAUAUGAUGCCAGCACAGCUCUUUGUGCCUUCUUGAACUAUGUCAAAAACACAGAGCAGUCAGACAUGCACCUGCUACUACUCUCCAUCGCUGCUGGUGCAGGCUAUCAUCUGGAGAGAAAAGUUUUCCAGCCUCUCCUAGGGUGUGCUGAGAUAACCUUCCUCCUGGAUGAAAUACAGACUGUCCAAUGCAUAUACCAGGAACUCAAAACUAUCUGCACUGAGAGGGCACAGGCAUUCCUGGUACUCAAAACUCUGACAACCACAGCUGGGGUAUCAAGUAUUUCUCCAGAAGAAAAAGCACAACGCUUGGCAUUGAUAAGGCAGCAUAUGGAGCACUUAUUGUUUACUAAAGUUGCACAUGUCCUCACAAAAUUUGGAACAGAUCAUGACUGGGGGAAAUUAGAAAAUAAUUUGAGAUUACUCAUUGAUGGGAAAUAUGAAGACAACACGUCUUCUUUGCAGAUGGAUGAGGUGAAAAAACAAUUGCAAAGUCUCCUGAAUCAAAAGAGAGAAACUUAUGAACAAGAUGAAAAAGAAGUCAUAAAAAAGGGACCUUUCCUAGACCUACUCCAACGUCUAGGCCUAGAACAUCACUACCCAAAAAGCAUGAGCAGAGCUGACUUUCAUCUGAUCUACAAGUCUUCAGUGUACAACACACAGCCAAGAUCUGAACAGGAACUUCCUUUCUAUUUCCUACAAAAGCUACUGAUGCUAGACUGUGGGUUCAGGCAUCUGGUCUUCAAAAACACUGGAAAUGCAGAAACGGGAGACUUUGUAGGUGCCUCUGAUCAAGAUGAUGAUGUUAUUGAUCCAUAUGAAGAGUUGUUUGAUGACAGAGAAGACACCAAUUCUUCAGUCACUGAGUGUCAGCCCCACAUUCACCCAAUGGACAUCCAGAUGGCAAUUUUUCACUGUGCAGAUGAUCUUGCCAGGCAAUAUAUUUUGUCUAAACUAUCCAUUUGUCAGUUUGCACUCCCCCUUGUUGUUCCAAACCCUAAUACUUCUCAGAUGGAGUUCUCUCUCUGGUCUCUCAGGCAAGUUAGGAGAAGUUGGCAAGAGUCAGGUAAAUCACCACAGGACAAAAGCUAUAUUCACAGGAAGCAGCAGAUGUGCUGUGUCUCGACCCCCAUUGUGUCCUUCAUUAGAGUUGGAAAUGGCUUUUCUGCUUCCAAAUCUCAGAUCAUGAACUCUCUCCUCAGUAGACAUAAACAUGAUGUGUUUUUUCACAGACACAGCAGAGGAAACAGCAAACACUGUCUCCUGAUGGAGGGAGUGGUAGAGAUCUGCUGGUUUUGCCCAGGAAACCAAGGAGAGGACAUAGUUAACAAGUGUGUGGCCUUCACCAAUCUUCAUGGAGAUGCCAAAAUACAUAUGGAACAACUCAGCUUCCUGCAGGAAGUCUCUUCUCUUAUUGUGAUCCUCAUGUCCGCUUCUGAUAACAAUAAAGAGAACCAAAAUCUUGUCAGAGACCUGUGGAAGUCAUCAAAAACAUUGAUCUGUUUAAUUGAUGACAAAGAAAAACUCAUGACUAAUAAUUCUGGCCCAAAGGUGAGAGUUGGCAUUAGGAAUAGAAAUGAGGCAGAAUUAACAGAAGAACUCAUGACUACCAUCAAACGUUUGCUAGAGAUCUCUAGCACUGCUCGAAGUCUAGAAGACUGUUCACAGGUGGCUCGAAAACGUGGAUUCAAGAUUGAUGAAGACCAAAGAAAACUGAAGGAAGCCAAAGAAAAAGCACAGACAAAUCUGGAACUUCUGACACAAUCCAAGUUGUCUCAGAUAAAGGAAAACUUAUUGCCCCUUCAGGGACAACUGUGGCACCGUUGGUGUAAGAAGGACAAAGAACUCUACCAACUGCAAGAAAAAGGGCAAAGGAGCAUAGAACAACACAAGAGUGACAUUGAGACAGAAAAACAAAACAUCAGAAGACAGCAGUUUAAAAAGGCCUUCCCUCUCAAUGACUUAAUGCAAUUAGUCUUGAAAGUUCUUAAAGAUGACUCAGAAAAUGACCUCAAACUCUACUUUUUGUACUGGUUAAAUGUGGUUUUAGAAUAUCUAACCAAGGAACACUUGGAGAUUUUACAUGAAAAGCAACAAUUUUUGUGGUCACAGGUACAAGCAGAAAAGCAAAAGGCAGAAAACAGCAGUGCCAUUACAAACCGGCAGAAGCAGAUAGAAGGCAUCUCUACUGAGAUUCUUAACUGCACUUUUGGAAUAGAGCACAUUCUCCGAGAAGUUGGCCAGAUCUAUGAAGCUCUGGAAGAAAUUUCCUCUUCUAGAGAUAGACUUUUUCUAUGCCUUCCCCAAAUUGCUGCAGACCUGAUGAUAGCUGGUGUUCCCAUUGAGCUUAUGGAUGGGGAUGCUUCAUAUGUGCCUCUAAAGUGGGUAGCAGCUAUUUUUGACAAAAUCUCAGAGGAAGUUGGAGACAAAAGGAUGUUUGUUCUCUCUGUCCUUGGCCUGCAAAGCUCAGGGAAGUCCACUCUACUGAAUGCACUGUUUGGUUUAGAGUUCACAGUUAGUGCAGGCAGAUGUACCAAGGGGGCCUACAUGCAGCUUCUGGAGGUAGAUAAGAAAAUCAGAGAAGAACUUGGCUUUGAUUUUGUGCUUGUGGUAGACACAGAAGGACUUCGGGCUCCAGAACUCAACAAAAAAUCCCAGAAUUGGGACAAUGAGUUGGCAACAUUUGUCACUGGCCUAGGAAACUUGACUCUGAUCAAUAUUUUUGGAGAAAAUCCAUCAGAGAUGCAGGAUAUAUUACAAAUUGUUGUUCAGGCCUUUCUGAGAAUGAAACAAGUGAAAAUAUCCCCCAGUUGCAUCUUUGUCCAUCAGAAUGUGGGAGAAGUUACAGCAAAAGACCAAACUAUGGAAGGACGACGGAGACUGGAGCAGCGACUUGAUGAAAUGACAGCAUUAGCUGCUGAGCAGGAAGAAUGCUCCAACAUAACCCGCUUCAGUGAUGUAAUUAAAUUUGAUGUCAAUAGUCAUGUCUACUACUUUGCCCACCUCUGGGAUGGCAAUCCCCCAAUGGCCCCUCCCAAUCCUCGCUAUAGCCAAAAUGUCCAGGAGUUGAAGACCGGGAUUCUUAGGACUGCCCAGCAGGCAUCCAGCGGAAGAAUCAUGAAGAUUUCAGAUGUAAGACUUCGAAUUCAAGAUUUGUGGAAUGCCCUUGUCAGUGAGAACUUCAUUUUCAGUUUUAGGAACACCCAAGAGGUCAUAGCCAUGAGCAAACUGGAAACCAUGUAUAAUCAGUGGACCUGGGAGCUGAGGAGUCAUGUACUGGAAUUACAAAAUCAGUUGAACAAUCAGAUUCAUAAUGGAAAAAUCCUGACAAUCACAACCAAUGAGUUGGAGGUUCCAUUUAAUAAGAAGUAUGAAACAAUCAAGCAAGAAUUUGACAAAUACUUUGAAGAAGACCCAGAUAGUGAAACAUUGGUUCAAUGGAAAGCAAAUUUUGAACAUAAGCUACUAAUCCUUAAAGAUGCACUUAUUUCAGACACCAGAAGGAAAAGCAAUGAACUCAUCAGUCUUAAAAAAAGCCAAGACAUACUAGAUAACCAAAAAUCACAAUAUGAAAGUGAAUUGUUAGAGAGAAGUCGAAAGUUGGCUUUGAGUGUGAAAGGUAAAGAAUUUAGUGAUGAAGAAUUGCGUGAGAAAUUCAAUCAACUUUGGACAAAUUGGAUCUACAAUGUGUCUUCUACUGCUCCUCCUAUCACAGAGCCCAACAUAAAUGGGGAUGCUGAAAGUAUUUUUCUAGGGUAUUUUACAAAGGACAAAAAUAUUGCAGAAAGACUAAAAAGAAAAAAUGAAAUAUUUUGCAUUAAUUAUGACAAGCAUGUCCAAAUGAAAAAGAAGUAUCUUGUACUUCGAAGGAGUUUAGAAACUUGCCAUAAAGAGUCCAUCAAAAGAACUACUGAUAACAUUUAUUUAAGAUUCAAUGAAACAAUUGAAACCAUUUGGAAGCAGAAGCGUGACUACAGUCAUAAUGAUUUUCAUAAAAUCCUUAGGAUAAUAGAAAAUGAACUAAAGUCUGUUUCCCCUGAGGAAGAUUACACAUUAACUAGAGACUAUACCAUUGACUUAUCCUUAUGCUUAUUCCAAAGAGCAUGUAAGAGUUUCAGGGAAAUGCACAAGGCAUUCAAGAGAUCAAACGAUCCUGUGACCUAUCUGGAGAGCAAGAAAGAUGAUUUCUUCUUGAGUUUUAAGAUCUCCUGCCAAGGUGCCACCUCCAUCACAUCUUUUGUUGACUUCCUGUGGUUCAAGCUGACUCCUGCUAUCUAUGAAACAUUAUGGGGAAAAAUGGGUCCUAAAGUAGCUGGGGACAUGAGAGCCACCUGCCCUGAAUUCAAUGGAAACAGAGCUAACCUGGAGAAACAUAUUCUCAUUUCUCUGGCAGAAGAAGAAGACUUUGAAAAGUAUUGGCAAUACAUUCAUCAGCCACAAUCCUUUUUCAGAGAUUAUAUUAUUGAACACAUUAGAAGAUACUGUUCAGAAAAAGAGGGUGAAAAAGUAAAAACUUUUUUAAAAAUAAGUUUAGGAGACAUCAAGAAUGCCAUCCUCACAGCCAUUCAUCAGACCACAGAAGUAGCUAAUGGUAACAACAGCACUGCUUCUGGCUGGUUGGAUUUGUUCUGUGAUCACCUAGGAAGCAACCUGAUCUUUCCAAGGAAAGACCUGAUAAGCAUAGAGCACCAAGAGAUAAAGGAUACGGAAUUUCUCAAAGAAGCCAUGAGUGCAGCUUUGGAUCCUGCAAUGAGGAAAAUAGAAGAGGCCUGCUCAAUGAGGCCCAUAGAUGAAAUAGUUCCUGACAUUGAGAAAAUUCUCUCUGAGCAUCUCUGUGGCUGCUGGAAACAGUGUCCUUUUUGUAAAGCAAUUUGCACAAACACCAUUCCCCACCAUGGUGGAGACCACAGUGUGCCAUUCCACCGUCCUCAGGCAGUCAAUGGAUGGCAUUAUCAUAAAACAGACUACUUUGUCACUAACAUCUGUACCACUUCUGUAGCAAGUGACCGUUCAUUUAUUUUACACGAAGUCCAGAAAUUCCCAUACAAGAAAUACCGAGAAGCAGGAGGUGAUUAUGCCACAUGGAGCAUCACCCCAGACUCAUCUUCCCAGCCAUACUGGAAAUGGUUUAUCUGUCACUUCAGAUCAGAGCUUGAAGUGAAAUAUGAAAAAAAAUUUACAAAUUUAGGUACUAUUCCAGAUUCAUGGAACAAAGUCUCAAAGCAAGACGUACUUAAUGACUUGAAGAAAUAAUGAUUGCCAAAACACCACACUAGCACUGCCACACAAAUUUCACAUUAGCCUAGGAAGCCUAAUAUCAAUUUAGGUAUCACCUUCAAGUUUCAACAUUAUAAAUGAAAUUAAUAAAAAUAAAUUAGUUAACAUUUCAAUAUUUGAAGAUAUUCUUCUAGAAAGACUUUUUUCUCUUGAUUUCUUCUUCUUAAAUAUAAUAUAAUUAAUAUGUGAAUGUAUGUUAAUAUCAGUAUCCAUUUAAGAGCCUAUUUCAUAUUUCAUUAUAUAAUAUUUCAUAUUUCAUAUAUAAUAACUGUUGAAAUAUUUAGUGACUCAGGAAAAGUUGUCUUAUUAGAAGAAGAUGCUAGCAUUUCUGGCUGUUGUUGAUUUCUUUACAACAAAUGAAUUGUAAAUUCAUACAACUUAUACAUCUGUGGAAGUAUUAUAAUUGGCCUUAAAUUAGUUUAAAUGGAUGUUUUCACUCACUCUAAUUAUGAUAAAACAUUUCUGACUCUCAUUGCAUCAACUUUCGUUGUUUAUUGAGAAUGCCAAAGUAGAUAAUUUUAAUAGCUUCUGUUCUAGAAAAAAAAAUAAGCCAGAUUUGGCCAGGACGUAUUUUCAAGGAAAUAAAGAAAAAUAAAUAAAUGAAUAAAUACAAUUUUUCAUAUCAUA